AUGAUCCCCGGCUUAAACGAUGCCAACAUUAUGUUACAGCCCAUCAUUUCAUUUCUUGGGCCUUUGGGUUCCUUUUCACAUCAAGCAGCUAUAGAGUGCUUCGGCUCGACGAACAAUACGCUACAGGCUGAGGUCUCUUUCAACGAUGCAUUCUCAGCAGUUCAAUCACAAGAAGCAGACUACGCCAUCAUACCGCUGGAGAACUCCUCUAACGGUGCCGUUGUUCAAACUCUUGAUCUGCUAGCGGAUCGUGACAACCUAUACCCCGAUAUCGUUGUGUCUGGAGAAUACUAUCUCGCAGUUCAUCAUUGUUUAUUGAUGAAGAAAGCCAAAGACGGAUCUGAGAAUACUUCUAAAACUAACCCGGAAGUGUCAAAGUUCUACUCUCACCCUCAGGUUUGGGGACAGUGCACAAGAUUCCUCUCAGGUUAUAAUGGAGUAGAGAAACAAGAUGCAUCUUCAACAUCGAAGGCAGCAGAGAUUGUUAGCAAGGACAACGAUGCGAAGAGUGCGGCUAUUGGAAGCGAACUCGCCGGCAAGCUUAACGGUUUGGAGGUUGUAAAAGCCAACAUCGAGGAUGACUCCUCGAACGCAACCAGAUUCCUCGUUUUACAGAACCUCAAAUCGAACCGUACCCAGGCCAUAAAGCCUCCGCAGAAGUCGCAGUCUUGCUCAAAACCAGGGUCGAAAUGCAAAUCACUCAUUUCCUUCAUGGUUGAUCAUACAUCGCCCGGUGCAUUAGCCGAUGCGCUCCACGUCUUCAAGAAGUACGGCCUAAAUUUGACCAGUAUUAAUUCUCGCCCUGGAGGUGUCCAGGCAUGGCAGUACGUGUUCCUUGUGGAAUGCCAGAGGGUUCACGGUGUUCACGAUGACCAAGUUGUGGACAAGGUCAUCAGUGAACUGAAGAAGAUUACGCAGACAUGCAGAAACCUAGGGAGCUGGGAAGAUCAACUUGUGGAGAGCUCAUAA